AUGCCUCGCCGUAAAACCAGAUACACCCGUAGUGAGCUCGAAGAGCGCCUAGACACGGAAAUUCCGGGGAUCACCGAGAAUUUUCCUUCCAACUCGAAGUUCAAAUUCUGGAUCGACAACACACCGCAACAAAAUGAAUACGUUGAGGUCGGCUCUAGCUUCGGUGGGGCUAUGCGGGUGUGUUUCGGUGACAAAACGGGCAACAAAAUGUUGUUCUUCAACAUCGGAGCUCGGUAUCCAGAGAAGAUCAUACACGAGAACAAAGAGCUUGCUCGAAUCAAGACCAAGUACUCAGCUCCGUUCAACCGUGUAUCUGCUCUCCGCUACGAGUAUCCCGGCUCUAGCUUUGCCGAGUCUCUCCAAUGGUUCACAGAGCUUAGGGCUCUCACAAUGUUCGUCUUCGUCUGGUGCGGUCGUCGUGCAGAAUUCUUCGAUUUCAACAAAGGUGAAGGAUUCGAAGUUCUUGUGGAGGUGCUGAAGCGCUCACCGGAGGUGGUCGUUAACAAAACCAAAGACGAUUUCAGCGACAACAAGGAGGACGACCUCGCAGAUGAAAGUCUUGCAGAAAAUACGGACGCGGAUCCCGGUACGCACGCGGAUGCAGAGGGAGGCAUCGAUAUGCCUGUGGCCGAACUGCCUACGGGUGAGCAGAACGGAUCAGGUCCCACCAUCACACCGAUGUGCCCGAUCUUGAAGAAGCGCACUCACCAAGAGUUUGCGGAAGGCCAGCAGGAUUGA